AACCACGCCUUAUUGGUAAUUAACGAAAUUCAGCCACGCCCUCUUUCACAGUAUGAUGAGAACUGUCUGCUCUCGUGUCUUUGGAUUAUUAUUAAAUUCCAGACCUCUUCCUUUAGCUAAAACACUGGUCCCUAUGUCUUCUUUAUCCAGCAGCAGUAAUGAACCUGAAGUAUUGUUUGAAACUGUAAAGAGCCCAUCAGGGGAGUCUGGCUAUCGCUUGAUGACUUUAAAUAAACCAAAAACACUCAAUGCCUUGAGCGGCAAUAUGAUUGACCUACUUACAACUGAUAUGAAGUCAGUUGUACCUGAUAAUUCUAUCAACUUUAUGCUAGUCAGAGGAGGUGAAAAGGCUUUCUGUGCUGGAGGUGACAUAAGAAGAGUCACAGAGGCAGGUAAAACCGGUUCCCCGUUGGCCCAGACGUUCUUUUUCCGUGAGUAUCAGCUAAAUUAUUUGACUGGGACUGUACACAAGCCGUACAUUGCUCUUAUUAGUGGGAUUACAAUGGGAGGAGGGGUUGGAAUCUCUGUUCAUUCUCCAUAUCGUGUUGCUACUGAGACCACAACAUUUGCAAUGCCUGAAACAGCAAUAGGAUUCUUUCCUGAUGUUGGAGGAGGCUACUUCUUACCAAGACUGAAAGGAGAACUUGGAAUGUAUUUGGCUCUAACUGGUCACAGAUUGAAAGGACGUGACGUGCUUCAUGGUGGGAUUGCAACUCAUUUAAUUGGAAAAGAGAAGAUUCCGUCGCUGUUGAGUGAACUCACUAAAUCAUGCGAUGAUCCGAUUAUGAAGAAAGAUCCUCAUUAUGUUGUUAAAUCAAUAUUAGACAAAUAUCACAAAGAGAGUCUCAAUAUUGAUGACAGGAGCUUUUCACUCACUCCACACUUAGAGCUCAUUGACAAGUGUUUCUCUGGAGGUAGUGUUGAAGACAUUCAGAUGUCUUUGUUAAAUGAUGGCUCAGAUUGGUCAAUCAAUCAGCUCCAAUUACUCAGUAAAAUGUCUCCUACUUCACUUAAAGUUACUCAUCGUCAGCUAAGAGAGGGCAGAGAGAAAAGUUUUGAAGACUGUCUGAUGACUGAUUAUAGAUUGUGUCAAAGAUUCAUGGAAGAUAAAGAUUUUUAUGAAGGCGUGAGAGCAGUUUUAGUUGAUCGUGACAAUAAUCCGAAAUGGGACCCGCCCACACUGGCAGAUGUUACGAAGGAAACUUUAGACAGAUAUUUCAGUCCACUGAGUGACCAGGAGGAAUUACAUGUUAAACAUAUUUCUAAGCUAUAAUUUUUAUAUUUGAUAAUAAUAAUAAUCACCAUUAAUAUUAUUGUUGUGUAUAGUUAAUAAUUCUUCUAAUUAA